UGAACUUUGACUUUUUGGAAACCGAGCCAUACUUCACGCCCGUGCAUACUUCGUCUUUCGGAGCUUUACUGCGUAAAAAGCGAGUCCCUUUAAUUUUUGGAGAUGAUAGACAACUGCUGAGUGAGUACAGAAUGUCUAAACUUGCCGGUAUGGAGGGCUCGGCCAGCCGUGUGCUGCUGCGGGCGGUAGAGCUGGACGGAGCCGCCCGCCUGGCGGAGGCGCUGGUCUGCUACCAGGAGGGAAUCCAGCUUCUACUCGAUGUACUGAAGGCAACGACAGAUGAGGCUAAGAAGGAGAAGUACAGAGAGCGGAUAGGAGAGUACAUGGACAGGGCAGAGGAGAUUAAGAAACAUGUUCAACUGGAAAAAGAAGCUGGAAAGUACCAUGAACAAAUCCACAUAGCUGCUGGUUCAGUAGGUAACAGUUAUGGCAGACUCUUUAAACCAUACAUCGAUCAGACCCUGACGGAGGUAUGGGUGGACGAUCCCUACAUUAGGUCAAAACACCAGAUAAUGAACUUCUUGAGGUUUUGUGAGUUACUGGUGAAGUCUGACUGUCAGGUUAGGCGGAUACAUCUCACCACUGGAGAAGAAGAGGGUCCCCGGCAGGAGGAGCAGAAGGGCAGACUGGGGGGACUAGGAGAGAGUCUUCAGCAGUACGGCAUCAGCCUGGAGGUUCAGUACUCUCACACAUUACAUGACCGGGAAAUCAGAUUUAGUAAUGGCUGGAUAAUCAAGAUAGGGAGAGGACUGGACAUCUUCAGACCAACAAAGGGUCAGUUCCAGAUUGGUUUCUGUGACUAUGACUUACGAGAGUGUCAUGAGACAACUGUGGACAUCUUUCACAACAAACAUCUCAAGACUUCCACACACGGGGACGUCUCAUCCUAGUUUCUUACAACAAAAAGAGAUGAAAUCCUAUUAAUCCUUUGAGAAAUAAUUAAAUACAAUGUAUUGGUAGUAGCAUGUUAUUUCUGAUACUUUCAAACUAAGUAAACAUUUAAACGUAAGUCCACACCAAUUUAAUUUGUUGUUUCUCGGAUUCGCCCUGUCCUUUUUUUUUUGGAUUUGCAAACAA